AUGUCCACAAUAGUUAGUGAACUUCGAAACUGUACCAAUAAUAAUCGUAUGACAUCGUCUAAUAAACAAUUUCGAAAAAGUUAUAGUAUUGAAUAUGGUUAUAAUUCCCGUAAACGAACAUUGAUUGCCGAUGCUCAAUUUGAUCGAGAUAAUGAAGUGGGUGGUGAUAGUGGUGUGCAACAAACAACAAUUUCGACCGGUGAUAGUCAUCAACAACAACAACAACAACAACAACAAGAGUGUACCUAUACAGUCAUUGUCACAUUGAAAGAUAAAAAGAGUGCAUCAGUUUUAAAUUUAAUCAAUACAUUUAAUCGAGAAGGUUUGAAAGUUCAACAUAUCGAAACAAGAAAAUCAUUACCAUCACCAAAUCGACAACAAAUAGAUGGAUUAGAUGUUUUAAUGGAAUUUUCUUGUACCGAUAAAUUAAUGGAUGAUUUAAAAUGUAUGUUAUUUCAAAAUGAUUCAAAAUUUGUUGUUAAACAUGUGAGAGAAAUAAAACCCUCAAUAACUAAUAAAAAAGUUUGGUUUCCAUCCUCUAUAUGGGAAUUGGAUAAUUGUCAUCAUUUAUUAACAAAUUAUCAACCAGAUAUGGAUUCACGACAUCCCGGUUUUAGUGAUAAAGAUUAUCGUCAACGUCGUGCACAAAUCGCACAAAUAGCAUUUGAUUUUAAACAUGGUGAUUUAAUACCAAAAGUACCAUAUAGUAUUGAUGAAAUUAAAACAUGGGGUCUUAUCUAUCGUCAAUUAAGCAAACUUUAUCCAACAUGUGCUUGUAAACAACAUCGUCUUGUAUUAGAUGUACUAGAAAAAGAAUGUAGUUUUAACGAUUCAUCUAUACCACAAUUAGAAGAUGUAUCAAGAUUUAUGAAACGUCGUUCUGGUUUUCAAUUGAGACCAUGUGCCGGCUUAUUAUCAGCUCGAGAUUUUUUAGCUAGUUUAGCGUUUCGAGUAUUUCAAUGUACACAGUAUAUGCGUCAUCCAUCAACUCCAUUGCAUUCACCUGAACCCGAUGUUGUACACGAACUAUUAGGACAUGUACCAUUAUUAUCGGAUCCAAAUUUUGCACAAUUUUCACAAGAUAUUGGUUUAGCAUCAUUAGGAGUUAGUGAUGAUGAUAUUGUCAAAUUAUCAACAUUAUAUUGGUUUACAGUUGAAUUUGGUUUAUGUCGUGAAAAUGGUCAAAUAAGAGCAUACGGUGCCGGUUUAUUAUCUUCAUUUGGUGAACUACAGCAUGCAUUGUCAAGUACACCAGAAAUAAAAGCAUUUGAACCGGAAAUAACAUCUGUUCAAACAUAUCAGGAUGAAGAUUAUCAACCAAUUUAUUUUGUUGCUGAUAGUUUUGAAAAUGCUAAAGAAAAACUUCGUCAAUAUGCUAAAUCGAUGAAUCGACCAUAUGAACUGGUUUAUGAUCCCUAUACACAAUCUUUAAGAAUACUAAAUGAUGUUAAAAUUGUGCACGAUUUAAGUUCAGUAUUAAAAUUGGAAAUGGAUGUUUUAGAAAAUGCCUUAAAUCGGUUACAAACAAAUGGUCAACAUUUUCGAAUUGAUCGAUAA